AUGUUGCGGCAAAGCGAGGCCCACGUCCAAAUGCGGCUCCCGAAGAACAACUUCUUGGAGCGCCAAGUUGAGAUCGUCGCCCGGACGUCCGUGCAGCAGGAGCUUGAAUUCACGCACCGUCGUGCGCACUUGGAACAAGAAGAAGUAGUCCUCAAGGCCCGGUCGUUGCGCCUGGCGGCGAGACAGAGACGGGCACAGGAAUCGACUGCGGCUCCGUUUCAGGUCACAGAGCAGACCCGGGAUUCCGUUACCGAUCAGCUGCACACGCCGGCGUACGUCGAGGCGUUGAUCGAUCGUCACGCCAUGGAGCUUCGUGCAUCGCUUUUACCGACGCGACGGUCCAGCCUGGUGCACUUCUUGUGUUAUCCUCAUUCGUUCUGGCCGGCUGCUCUCCGCGCUUGUGUGGCCUUGACAUUGAUGGAGAAGCACCACGGCGCACCCGCAGUCAUCUCAUAUUGA